AUGCAAACCAACGCAUCUCCCCCCAGUGCUCGCGAAGUGAUUCGAUCGACUAGUACGACGAAUGUGUCCAACCAGGGCCUUGAAAAGGCGGCCGACGGUCGCGCAGAUCGUCCAAGGCGCCCAUUUGGGCUUCGAUGGAGGAGCUCUGUCUGGUUCAUCACCCUCGGGGUAUUCGUCGAUAUCCUCAUCUACUCCCUCAUUGUGCCCGUAAUCCCGUUCCGACUCCAGGACCUGGGCUAUGACGGCGUCUCCGGUUUGGUCGGCUGGCUGCUCUUUGCCUAUUCUGCAGCGCUGGUCAUAUCUACCCCGCCAAUUGCUCACUUGACAGAACUGUACAAAAACAGGCGAACACCCCUUCUUCUAGGCCAAGGGGCUUUGAUCGCUGCUCAGAUUAUGCUCAUGGAAGCACCCAAGUACUGGUUAAUGGUAUUGGCCCGGAUCGCUCAAGGUGUCAGUGCGUCAGUCAUUUGGGUUGUCGGCCUCGCGCUCGUUUGCGAUACCGUCCCAUCGACCAUUGUUGGCAAACAGCUUGGUUUCGUUGCGAUGGGAGCUUCGUUCGGCUUCGUCGUCGGCCCUCCUGUCUCCGGUGCCCUCAACGAUCGGUUCGGCUUCCGCGGACCCUUCAUCUUCGGCAUCAUAGUCACCUUCAUCGAGUUCAUGUGCCGCGUCCUCAUCAUCGAGCGCAAAGAAGCAGAGCGGUGGGACGCGUCAUUGUCCCCCCUCGUCCGGACAAACACCUCCAGUUCACGACGCCCUGCUUACGGUGGAACGUCGAACGAAAAGCGCGACGAACCUGCUCCUACGGAUGUUCUCACUGCUCCUGCAGAUGCAGACGCCGGCCUCGAAGCCCCUUCCGGGUCUGCUGCUGCUGCUGCGAUGGGAACCGACGCGGCCGCUGCUCAAACCGCCCCACAACUCUCGAUUGUGCGCUUGCUGUGGCUGAUGGUCAAGUCCAAGCGCACGAUGGCUCCAGUCCUGCUCGCUUUCGUUUACGGGGCUGUUCUGACCUCGCAAGAGCCCGUCGUCCCACUGUACCUCGGUGGCACCUAUGGCCUUGACACUUCUCAGAUCGGGCUGGUCUACAUCGCCGCCGUCAUCCCGUCUUUCAUCUGCAAGCCUCCAUUUCCCUCCCCGUUGAGUGGAUGGUGGGCCGACAAGCACGGAGCCACGAGCGCGGUGCUCAUCUCCGUCGUGUGCUCCCUCCCGUUCUUCUUCCUGAUAGCCAUCAAGAGCUCGCUGGCGUACUUCAUUGUCAUGAUCGCGCUUGAGAGCUUUUUCUUCUACGGCACCUUGUCUCCCGUAACCGCAGAGCUCGCUGCGGUGACACAGAGCCUCGACGGCGUCGGAUACGGCCACUCCUACGGUGCCUUCAACAUCGCCUACGGUCUCGGAUCCGCGGUGGGUCCCGUCAUCGGUGGACAGAUCUACGACCACGCGUCCAACGGCUGGAUGAUCGUCAACUUCUUCGACGCCGGGCUGGCGAUCGCAGCGGUCGUCUUCUGCGUCUUCUGCUUCGGGGAGGAGCCGCUGUCGACGAAGAUCGUCCGUCGCCUGCGGAAGCGAUCCUCGUCGGAUCCCGAGGCUGGUCUCGAGCAAGAUGAGCAUACUACUAGCGAGCCGACCGGGGUCGCGGAGGUUGAGUAG